CCUCAUUAAGAGUUGGGCCGAGCUUCACUGAACAUCCGCCUUCACAACGCUCAGACAUUCUGUGGGGAACCGAGAGAUCGUUCAGGUAAUCAUGAGGGUCCAAUCCAAAUAUAUCAUUUUCUGCGUGGCGAUGUCCAUUGUUUUGCAGAUGGCAACUGCAGGCAAUGACAUCAGAAAGUCUGAAGAUAAUAAGCUUAUUCGGAAGAAGAGAUUCAUAAGUGCACUGACCGCAAUUAGUGGAGCCGUAAGCGCAUUAUAUCCCGUGGUCAAAGACAUUUUCGGGCUUGGGAGACCCGACACUGAAAGCGCUGCUGCUAAAAUGAGGGAAAUGAUGGAAUCAGAUGAAGCCAAGAAAAUGACAGAAAGGUUGCACGGUAGAGCCGAGAUGUUGCUGGUUGUGCUUGAGGAAAGACUGAAAAUGUAUAAAUCUGCAGCCUCUUCUACUUGCAUCUGUCCCUUCAGCUGGCUGAUGUUCCCCGCUGUGAUCCUGGUGGUUGUGAAGCUACUUGGAGACGUAGUUUAACAUCACUUUCUGUCAAUAACGGCGCUAUCACGCACACAUGACAUGAUCAACAUACCAAAACGUUGCUAUCUGUAUUAAUUCUCUGUUAUAAUAUUUAAGUACAGGAUUUUACCCAGCAAGUAAUACUUUAUCAGGUGGGUUGUAUGUAUGCAAAUGUAUUUUCAAUUGUGUUCAUUAACCAUGUAUGUCCAUAAGUCUUUGUUUUCGCACAUCAGUAUAUAUAUAUAUGCCAAUAAAACUUUUACGUAAGCACA